AUGAUGUCAUCGGAACGUCAAGAGCAGGUCAAACUGGCGCACAAAAGUAUAAAUAAAUGUCUUUAUCAUUACUGUCUUAUAUUCUUUUCCUUUUCUUCCUUUAUUUUCUUUAUUGUUUUUCUUUCUUUUUUCUUUCCUUCUUUUUUCUUUUCAUUUAUCAUUAUUAUCUUAUAUUUCUUUCUUUCUUUCUUUCUUUAUUUUUACUCGCUUUUUUCUUCCUUUUUCGAAAUAAAUGCAUUUAUUAUUACUCUCUUAUACACUUUCUUUCUUUCGCUAAAUAAAUGCCUUUAUCAUUAUAUUCUUUCUUUCUUUCUUUCUUUCUCAAGUAAAUGCAUUUCUCAUUACUCUCCUAUAAUCUUUCUUUUCUUUCUUUCUUUCUUUCUUUCUCACUUUCUUUCUUUCUCAAAUAAAUGCAUUUAUCAUUACUCUCCUAUAAUCAUUCUUUUUUUCUUUCUUUAUCACUUUCUUUCUUUCUCAAAUAUAUGCAUUUAUCAUUACUCUCCUAUAAUCUUUCUUUCUUUCUCAAAUGAAUGCAUUUAUCAUUACUCUCCUAUAAUCUUUCUUUCUUUCUUUCUUUCUUUCUUUCUUUCUUUCUUUCUUUCUCAAAUGAAGGCAUUUGUCAUUACUCUCCUAUAG